AUUGCAAUAAAAUAAUGUUAAAUACAAGUUCAAUUAAUUUGGGAGACACUAGCAAAAUUUAUAAGCAAAGCAAUCAGCUAGGAAUUUUAUCUACAGCUAUAAGUAAAAUAGGAAAUGCUGAUCACUCCUUCCAUAAAGGUGUUAAAGCAGCAAAUACAACAAAUGUUUCCCCUGUAAGAAUGAGAUUAUUCAGAGAAUCACCAGAACGAAAGUAAAAAGGACUUGAUGGAUUGGUUGUAGGAGAAUUUCAGUAAUUAAAAAAAAUAUAAUAAUCUUAGUCCCCGCAAACAAACAUAAGUAGUGUACAGCAGUAUUCAUUAGAGUUCAUCUCCAAUGAUUCAUAAACCACAAUAGAAACAACAGUUUUAGGAUUCACCUACAAGAGCUAAAUAUAAAUUAGAUAGAUUUAAGAAUUGGGACUCUAAAUUGGACAUUGAACUAUAAUUACAAAAUAGUGGAAUAACGAGAAUGGGAAAUGAUAUAGUCUAUUAAUCAGGUCCAGAACUCAAUUAUACAAAAUCAAUUUAAUUUAAUGAGAGACUUAAUCGAAACAACCCAUCAAUAUCAUAAUCAGAUAUUGUAUAGCUAACAGCUAAAUUGAAUGCAAUUCCAAGAACUGAAUUAACUAAUUUUACAAGAGGGUAUGACAUUAUAUUUAAAAGUUUAGUCAUGCUCAUGAAUUAUCUACACUUUAAUAAUCGUUGCAAAGAAUACUGAAAUCAAGCAAAGCCUAUUGA